AUGGAGGUUAGAAACAAGGAAGACAGUGGAUCCGGGGUUGACGAUGCGCCAACCGAAGAGCCAAGCACUGGCGGCUUCACUCUACUCAUGACCGUCACAGCCUUGGCUAUGAGCAUGUUUUUGACCAUUGUCGCAACUGCAAUUCCAAAAAUAACAGACGAGUUUGGUGGGAUCGAAGACGAGGGUUGGUACGGAUCGGCGUUUUUCAUAACUUUGGGGAGCUUUCAGGCCGCGUGGGGGAAAGCAUACAAGUACUUUCCGCUGAAGACAUCCUUCUUGUUGUCCAUCUUUCUCUUUGAGGUUGGAAGUUUGAUUUGCGGUGUCGCACCAAAUAGCCUUGCGCUUUGUAUUGGACGGGCUAUCACCGGCGUCGGAGGCGCUGGAAUUUCUUCGGGUGCCUUUACCAUUAUCGCAUUAUCUGCACCACCUAAACAGCGGCCAGCAUAUAUCGGAAUACUGGGUGCCUCAUAUGGAGUUGCCGCGGCCAUUGGACCUCUCGUUGGCGGUGCAUUCACGACGAAUAUUACCUGGCGGUGGUGUUUUUAUAUCAAUCUACCGAUUGGCGGACUGGCAGCCGGGAUCAUCCUAUUCUUCUACCGACCUCCUCCUCCCUUGCCCUUUUUAGAUACUCCACUCAAAGAGAAGUUACUCCAAAUGGACCUUGUUGGCACCUUGAUCCUUGUUUCCGCUUUGGUUUGCUAUGUCCUUGCCCUACAGUGGGGUGGAAUAUCGCUGUCGUGGGGUGAUUCUAAGGUCAUUGGAACUUUAGUUGGAUUUGUCGUGCUGUUGGCUGUCUAUGCCAUUGUGCAAUGGGUGCAGAAGGAACGCGCUGCAAUGAUCGGGCGCCUAUUCCGUCGAAAUGUGGUGGUCAUGAUGAUCUACAUUGACCUGCUAGCGGGAACCUUUUUCUUGCUAGUAUACUACUUGCCUAUCUACUUCCAGGUGGUAUCGGGUGUCUCUGCUGCUCAGAGUGGAAUCCGAAACCUGCCUUUGAUUCUUGCGCAGAGUGUUUCGACGGUCAUAUCUGGUGUUACCCUCAGCAAGUUUGGAUACCCCCAGCCUUUCCUCCUAGUUGGGGGAGUGCUCACCGCGAUUGGGUCGGGCUUGUUGUACACACUCGAGGUUAAUACCGGUUCUGGAAAAUGGAUAGGCUACCAACUGUUGGCUGGUAUUGGCAUUGGCUGGUGCUUCCAAAUUCCUGUGGUGACGGCGCAGGCAUCGGUUGCGCCGGAGGAUUUGCCGUCAGUGACGGCCAUGGUAUUGACUGUGCAAACCCUGGGGGGAUCAGUCUUCGUCUCGGCCGGCCAAUCCGCUAUGGUCAAUGUUCUUCUAAAAAACCUCCGCAGUGAGACGUCAACUGUAGACGCCGUCAAGGUUGCGAUGACAGGUGCAACGGAGCUACGCCAAAAGUUCUCCUCCGCGCAAAUGCCGUUCAUACUGACUGCUUAUAUGAACGGUCUCCAAGCAGCAUUCCUUGUGGCCGUUGUCGCCUCCAGCGUGGCUACCGUGGUCUGUUUGGCGACUCGGUGGAUUAAAUUCUCGGGCCAAACUACUGCUGUCGCCGCCGCAUAA